AUGGGUGGUAUAUUUUCGUUCCCGUCAGUAGACAUUGACAGUCCAUCAGGUGAUAGUCUAUUUUGCCAAUCGAGCUCUUCAAAACCAUCUUCAACCCAUGUUCAUGGCAAGGGAAAUGGAGAACAAGGAAGCCAAUCUCAGCAUCUGUGUGAUGUGUGGAGAGAUCUACAAGGCGCCCACAAUUGGAAUGGUUUGCUUCAUCCCAUGGAUCCCAUUCUCAAAUCUGAAGUUAUCAGGUAUGGUAACCUGGCAAAGGUUUGUUAUGAUGCAUUUGAUGGUGAAACUACUUCCAAAUAUUAUAAUACAUGUAAGUACAGUAAGAGAGAACUGUUGGAGAAGAUGGGCAUGUCUGAAUGUGGCUAUCGAGUCACUAAAUAUAUAUACGCCAAUACUGGUGUGUCAGGAUCACUUUUUGGCGAGAACUCGAAAGGCAGAGCCGUUUGGUUCGGGUUUAUUGCAGUCUGUGACAAUGCAAAGGAGAUUAAAAGGCUUGGACGACGUGACAUCGUGGUUGCAUGGAGAGGAACUCAGACAACUCAAGAAUGGAUACAAGAUCUCAGGGAUGUUCUCGUGCCUGCUAAGUUAUCAUACCAAUGUCAAAGAACGACCAAAGAUCAUCAAGCAUUAAUUCCACCAGUAAAUGAUGGAGUUCGAAUUGAGAAAGGAUUCCUCAACUUUUAUACUUCGACAAUCCAUGAGGAGGAAGAUUGUGGUGGAAAGCGGGUGACCAUGAGCGCAAGAGUUCAUGUGAUUGCAGAGAUAAAGAGAUUGCUCCAAGUUUACAAGAAUGAAAUGGACAAUUUGAGCAUAUCGUUUACUGGGCAUAGUUUAGGAGCUGCCCUGGCAAAGUUGAGUGCUUAUGACACAAAACGAAUCCUUAGAGCUAACCAUUUUAUUGAUAUUCUUGUAACAGUGUUUUCCUUUGCCUCUCCAAGAGUAGGAAAUCUCGCAUUUGCGAAAAAGGUGGAGGAGACUGGGCUCAAAGUAUUGAGGUUUGUGAACAAGUGGGACGUGGUUCCAGAAGUGCCCGAGUUUUCAUGA